AUGGAAGAGCACCACCAUCCCCACAACAACCACGGCUGCUGCAACAUCAACAACCAUCCCCACAACAUCCACGGCUGCUGCAACAUCAACAACCAUCACCACCACAACCACAGAUGGUCUUGCAACAACCACAGCCAUCCCCACAACAACCACGGCUGCUGCAACAUCAACAACCAUCCCCACAACAUCCACGGCUGCUGCAACAUCAACAACCAUCACCACAACAACCACAGAUGGUCUUGCAACAACCACAAUCAUCCCCACAACAACCACAGCAGCUCUCACAACAACCACAGCAUCUCCCACAACAUCCACGGCUGCUGCAACAUCAACAACCAUCCCCACAGCAACCACAGAUGCAGCUCUCACAACAACCACAGCAUCUCCCACAACAUCCACGGCUGCUGCAACAUCGACAACCAUCCCCACAGCAACCACAGAUGGUCUUGCAACAACCACAGCCAUCCCCACAACAACCACGGCUGCUGCAACAUCAACAACCAUCCUCACAACAUCCACAGCUGCUGCAACAUCAACAACCAUCACCACAACAACCACAGAUGGUCUUGCAACAACCACAGCCAUCCCCACAACAACUACAGCCAUCCCCACAACAACCCCAGCUGCUCCCACAACAACCACAGGAGGUCUCAGAACAACCACAGCAGGUCUCACAACAACCACAGCCAUCCCCACAACAACCACGGCUGCUGCAACAUCAACAACCAUCCUCACAACAUCCACGACUGCUGCAACAUCAACAAUCAUCCCCACAACAACCACAGCAGCUCUCACAACAACCACAGCAUCUCCCACAACAUCCACGGCUGCUGCAACAUCAACAACCAUCCCCACAGCAACCACAGAUGCAGCUCUCACAACAACCACAGCAUCUCCCACAACAUCCACGGCUGCUGCAACAUCAACAACCAUCCCCACAACAACCACAGAUGGUCUUGCAACAACCACAGCCAUCCCCACAACAACUACAGCCAUCCCCACAACAACUACAGCUGCUCCCACAACAACCACAGAUGCUCUUACUACAACCACAGCCAUCCCCACAACAACGACAGCCAUCCCCACAACAACCCAAGCUACUCCCACAACAAUCACAGCAGCUCUCACAACAACCACAGCAUCUCCCACAACAUCCACGGCUGCUGCAACAUUAACAACCAUCCCCACAACAACCACAGAUGGUCUUGCAACAACCACAGCCAUCCCCACAACAACUACAGCCAUCCCCACAACAAUCCCAGCUGCUCCCACAACAACCACAGCCAUCCCCACAACAACCACGGCUGCUGCAACAUCAACAACAAUCCCCACAACAUCCACGACUGCUGCAACAUCAACAAUCAUCCCCACAACAACCACAGAUGCUCUUACAAUAACCACAGCCAUCCCCACAACAACCCCAGCUGCUCCCACGACAACCACAGCAGGCGCUACUACAAUGACUACUGCUGCUCCAACCGCAGCAACCACCACCGUUGCAGCAACUGCUGCUCCAACUGCAGCAACUGCUGCUUCAACUGCAGCAACUGCUGCUUCAACUGCAGCAACUGCUGCUUCAACUGCAGCAACUGCUGCUUCAACUGCAGCAACUGCUGCUCCAACUGCAGAAACUGCUCCUCCAACUGCAGCAACUGCUGCUUCAACUGCAGCAACUGCUGCUUCAACUGCAGCAACUGCUGCUUCAACUGCAGCAACUGCUGCAACUGCUGCUCCAAAUGCAGCAACUGCUGCUUCAACUGCAGCAACUGCUGCUCCAACUACAGAAACUGCUCCUCCAACUGCAGCAACUGCUGCUUCAACUGCAGCAACUGCUGCUCCAACUGCAGAAACUGCUCCUCCAACUGCAGCAACUGCUGCUCCAACUGCAGCUGUCACCACGCCACCUCCAACAGAACCCUGAGUCUUCGGUUUAGCCUCAACCAGAUGUUCACCUCAGAUCUUGCCAACUCGUCCUCUUCAGCAUUCAAGGCUCUGGCUGGCACAGUGGUCUCGGAGGUGAACAAGAUUUUUGUUAACACCCUAAGCUUCAAUCGUUCCAUUGUCAACUCAUUCAAGAGUGGCUCCGUAGUUACCAACAUGACACUCGUGUUCAGUAACAAAUAUUUGGUUCCCAGUGCAUCCAGCGCACAGGCAACUUUCACCAGCAGUUCCACCUCCCUGAACAUCCUACAGGGCAGCGUCAGUGUUGAGUCAUCAGUCAAUUCAGGAAGUGCUCCCCGACCCACUGCCUUCUGUCUGUCUGCCUUGCCUCUCACAUUGGCACUGCUAAUGGUACAGUUGCUGGCUAACUAA